AACAUAACAUCAUAUAACUAUCCAUUCUUUCUAAAUCAGGAAAGUUGCUUCAUUCAUCCCCAUCUCCCCCAUGGAAGAAGUCACCAAAGAUAACGAACGUCUUGAUUUUGGGAAGAUGGGUUACGGAUGCAAGCACUAUAGAAGAAGGUGUAUGAUUCGAGCUCCUUGUUGUAACGAGAUUUACGAUUGUCGUCAUUGUCACAACGAGGCUGCGAGUAUGUUGAAACGUGUGUACGAUCGUCAUGAGCUAAAUCGGUUUGAUGUGGAGCAAGUGAUUUGUUCAGUUUGUGACACAGAACAACCGGUUCAUCGUACAUGCACAAACUGUGGAGUUAAUAUGGGGGAGUACUUAUGUGAAAUCUGCAAAUUCUAUGAUGAUGAUAUUGACAAGGGUCUGUUCCAUUGCGACGAUUGUGGCAUCUGCAGAGUUGGUGGCCGUGAGAACUUCUUCCAUUGCAAUAAAUGUGGAUCUUGCUAUUCUAUCGGUUUACUUGAUAACCAUUCAUGUGUCGAAAACUCUAUGCACAAUCAUUGUCCGAUAUGUUAUGAGUAUCUAUUCGACUCGAUGAAAGACACUGCUGUCAUGAAAUGUGGGCACACGAUGCACCGUGAAUGUUACAUUGAGAUGAUAAAACGAGACAAAUUCUGCUGUCCACUAUGCACGAAAUCAAUAAUGGACAUGUCCGCAGCAUGGAAGAUGAUAGACGAAGAGAUUGAAGCUACUAUGAUGCCUGAUGAAUACAGGCGAAAGAAGAUUUGGAUAUUAUGCAACGAUUGCAACGACACAACAGAAGUUUACUUCCACAUAUUAGGACAUAAAUGCCGCCAUUGCAGAUCUUAUAAUACCCGGUCGAUUGCCCCUCCCGUUCUACCACAAGAAUGACCGAAUGCUGGUCUUCAUUUCGCAUCUUCAAUUGGGUUUGAUUCAUAUAUCUAUUAUAUAUUUGUUACACAUAUAUUAUGAACACUGGAUUAGCAUUUAUAUUUGCUGUAGACACACGGUUUUGGAGUGCCUCAGAAACAUUUAGCUACCCAAUUCUUCCUCAACUUGUGUGGAUUGAAUUGAAGUAGGCUUUACUAAAUUACUAGAUAUCGUUGUAAAACUACUAUAGAUAUCUUAUGUUUGUAUUUGUGUCGUCUUAUA